UAAAAUAAAACCCCAGCGUCAAUAUAAGUGACAAUUACACAACUACCAAACCCUAGACGGCAAACAGAGAAACCACAGCAGCUGCCAAAAUGGUGAAGUUCUUGAAAACCAACAAGGCCGUAAUCCUCCUACAGGGCCGCUACGCCGGCCGGAAGGCCGUCAUCGUCAGAUCAUUCGACGACGGAACUCGCGACCGUCCCUACGGACAUUGCCUGGUGGCCGGAAUAUCAAAGUACCCGGCCAAGGUGAUAAAGAAGGACUCGGCGAAGAAGACGGCGAAGAAGUCGCGUGUGAAGGCGUUCAUGAAGGUGGUGAACUACAGCCAUUUGAUGCCGACGAGGUACACUCUUGACAUUGAUUUAAAAGACGCUGUUACCCCUGAUGCUUUGGUUUCUAAGGAUAAGAAGGUAACCGCUUCUAAGGAGAUCAAGAAGCGGUUCGAAGAGCGGUUCAAAACUGGGAAGAACCGUUGGUUUUUCUCUAAGCUCAGGUUUUGAAUUUUAUGUUAUAGAUUGUGGGAUUGCUGUUGCCUAUCAGACAUUUUAUUAUGUUAAUUUUGAAUUUUUAAAUAGCAACUCUUGGAUUUGUAGUUUGAAUUGAAUGUUAAGCUUUUAUUACAAUUGGGUCCUAUUUGAUUUGGUUGAAAA